UUUAGUGACGAAUGUGAUUAUUUUAUAGUUUUACUAUAGUAAUACGUAUCAUAAUAAUUUACGAGAUGUGAUUUAGUUUUGCAUCUUACUUUGCUUCUUGCGCAUUUACAGCUAGCCAACAUGAGCUAGCUAACUCGCAACGACGCUAUGCUGUCGUUUAACGAAUGCCUGCCCCUAAAAGACACAAGUCUUUUCAGGCUCCUCAAGCGAAGAGAAGAAAGGAGGAUCAGAACGAAGUCGCCAUGCCAUCCAACAAAACGACACCAGCCUCUGCAACGUCAAGCAACCCCCAAAGAGAAGCACCUUUGUGGAGAAGGAAUAAGAAAAAGCCCCCUGCAGAACUAAAAGAGGGAAAUAAACCUGCAGGGUCCAGCCGCCAUUCCUCCAAGACAAAAUCAACUCAAAAGGCCAGGACUAGGACCAAGUUCAAUCCACCUGUAAAGAACGCCAAGCUGCUGAAAGCCACAAGUGCCUCCUCAAAGAAUCCCAACUCUAAAGGAACCCUAAAAAGACCAGCCAAGAUCUUCAAAACUGCUUCCACAGAGUCCGAUGAGGAGCUUAUCAGAACUCAUAAACCACAUUGCAUCAGAAAAUACUCUAAUGGGGAUCGAGGUAAGCGUAAAGGGUCACAGUCUAACCUGAAUGAAGAAGUAUUGCUCUCAGACCCUGUGCAGAGGGAUCACAAUUAUGGUAUACCCUCUGCGUCUUAUGGUAGUCAUUCUGAAAUUGAGGAAAAUAAAAGGAAAAGAGUCAGAGAGUCCACCAGAGGCCCAGAGACCCAGAGAGAUGUGAAGAUGGAAACUCAAAUGUCUUCAGAACCCUUACCUGAACAAUCUGGACAGAUGAAGCGGAGCAGUGAGACGUAUGAGGUGCAGGAUAAUUCCAUGACCACCCCAACAGAUGAAUUUAGUGAGAGUGUCAACACUAAGCCUGACAUAAAAAUGUCUCCUCCAGCAUCCCCUGAGAAAGCUUCAGACCCCAUCCAUAAGCAGGUGAACCAGAAUAAUUCCAUUACCACCCCAACAGAUGAAUUUAGUGAGUAUGUCAACACCGAGCCUGACACACAAAUGUAUCCUCCAGCUUCCCCUGAGAAAGCUUCAGACCCCAUCCAUAAGCAGGUGAACCAGAGUAGAGAGAAACAUGAGGAGCAGAAUGAUUCCGUGACCAUCCCUACAUAUCAAGUUAGUGAGAGUGUAGCGAGCAAGAUGGAUGCAUAUAAAAAGUCUGCAGACCCCAUACCUGAACUACUAAAACAGAGCACUGAGACACAGGAAAUGCAGGAAAAUUCCAUGACCACCUAUACAGAUAAAGUUAAUGAACAUUUAGAGACUAAGGUCGGUGCAAAAAUAUUGUCUCAUCCAGCCAUCGGCUUAGUAGCAUAUAGUAGCAGUAGUGAUUCUGAAUGUGAAAGUGAGGGAAAUGACAGGACGGGAGUCACAGAGUCAAUAGAUGUGAAGAUGAAAACUCAAGCAUCUUCAGAGAAGGCUUCAGACCCUGUCCCUGAACAGGUGAAGGAGAGCAGUGAGACGAGGCAGAUGCAGGAGGAUCCCAUGACCACCCCUACAUAUGAAGUUACCGAGGAUUCCAUGACCUCCCCUACAUAUGAAGUUACCGAGGAUUCCAUGACCUCCCCUACUGAGAGUGUAGACCCCAAGCUUGAUGCAAAUAUAAAGCCUCCUCCAUCUAUAGAAGUAUAUUCAGAGGAGGCUUCAGACCCUGUCCCUGAACAGGUGAAUCCUGAACAGGUGAAUCAGAUAUACAUUGAAAUAGAGAAGGUGCAGGAAGAUUCCAUGACCACCCCAACAGAUGAAGUACGUGAACUUUUAGAUGGCACGCUUGAUGCAGAAGUAAUGUCCCUGCCACCUUUAGAAGCAUCCUCUGAGGAGACCCAUACAUUUGAAGUUAGUGAGAGUGUAGAGACCAAGUGUUCAGAACUUGCACCUGAACAUGUGACGCAGAGCACUGAGAUGCAGGGAGAUUCCGCGCCAACCCAUGCAGUUCAAGUAAGUGAGAGUGUAGACACCAAGCUUGAUAUUGAAGUAAAUUCUGCUCCACCUGUAGAACUAUCCUCUGAGGAGACUUCAGACAUUGUCUCUGUCUCAGAGCAGGUGCUGCAGAGCAGUGAGACACAGGAAGUCCAGGAAGAUUCCAUGACCACCCGUACAGAUGAACUUAGGGAAAGUUUAGGAACAAAGUCGGGUGCUAAAAUAAAGUCUCCACCCUUAGAGGUGCUUUUCAGUGCUCUAAAGGAGUCCAGUCUUUGCAAACAUCCCCUGUCUCAUACGAUGCGCUCAAAUGUCAAAGAGUUUCUGGGAGUAGAGGAUUCUUUAGAAAUCACUAAAAAAGACUGUGACUUUGGUGUAACGGAGAGCAUUGAGUGUACUUUAGACCUCGAGACUCCGAUUAUUGUCGAGGAUAUGGAGAUCGGCCACUGUGUUGUGGAGGUGGUGGGAGAGAAUGGAGAGGAGGUGGAUAGUGAUCUGGAAAUCAUAGACAACUCUGAGAGGCCAGAGAAGACACUUGAGCUAACCAAAGGGUCUGAAGAAGAGUGCAGUGUGGAUAAAAGUGAAGAUGGUAUUGAAAAGAAAGGCACAAGUUCCUCUAACCAAGACAGCACAAAUAGUGGGAAGAAGGAAGUUACUAAAAAAACACAGGGUAGCCUGGAAAAACCCAAGAAACAGCAGAUGAACCCUCAGGCCCGGACCAAAGCCCGACUAGCAGCGCUAGCUGAGCAAAAGGCAGCUGGCUCCAAAAAAGCGAGCAGGCAGCUCAACCUCCUGGCCCUAUGUGAAGAAAUAGCAGAUGAUAUCGCCACUGACACAAUGUUAAUAAAGACGAAGGAGGAGGAGGAGCAGGUUGUAAUAAUUAAGGCUGAACCCAGCAAGGAGCCAGAAUGCACACCGCCUGUCACACAGGCUGAGACUGUUCCGAUACCUCCUACUCCUGCCCGGCCCGAGGAACCGUCUCCAGCAGUAGAACCCUCCGCUGAGGAGCCUGCUCCAGCCAAGCCCCCAGCUCCAGAGCCACCUCGGAGGCGUUUCUUCAUCAGCCAAGUGACGGUACCCCUCAAAAUCCACGAGAAGAAGAAGCUUACCAGGUUCCAGAGGCUGCGGCAGGUGGAACUGCAGCGGGAGAAGAAUAUGUCCUGGACCAUGGUGAAGAAGCUCAAGUCCGAUCAGAAGAUGAUUCCAGAGACUGAGACUAAACCUUCCCCUCCAGCAGCAGCACCUCUCCAAGUGACCACCCCCCCCCCCCUCAACCAGUCCAGCUGCACUCUCCUCAACCAGUCAAGUUGAGCCCCCAAAAGUUGAGCCCCCA